GGGUCGGAGUCUAGCUGCACCAUCGCGGAGUUGCUGGCCAAUCACCAUGAGCUGCUCCCACCAUGGCUGCUGCUGGUAUGCACGGCACGGAGGCAAAACAAGACCAUCACCAGGAUGUUUACAGGUUUCCGGAGACUGUGCCUUGACGACCUCCGCAAAGCGCACAUUGUACGUGACGUUCAGCAGUACAUCCUGUGCCGCCUGGACUACGAGGAGACUCUGCGGCAGCACCUGACCCUGGACACUGCCGAGAUGCUCAACCAGCUUCACAUAAAGAGCAACGGGUGCUUUCUGUACCUGGAGCGUGUACUGGAUGGGGUGUCCGAGGGCUCCAUCCUCCUCCGAGAGGUCCGUCAUAUCCCC